AUGCUAGGGGACUUGAUGUGCUCCCGGGGCAACGUGGCGCGAGGUGCGCGCGUCCGCGGCUCGCUCUCCUUCAAAACUCGGUUUUCGGCGCCUUCCGGCUCUUCUGCCCCCGCAACAUCUUCCUCUCGCGCGAGCGGCUCUUUGCCUCCUCGCGCCCUGCCUUACUGCGCGUUGCCAGAGUCUCUUCACCUCUCCGCUAGGCGCUCGCGGCUCUGCGGCGCCGCUCUGCCGCUGCGAGCCCCGGCGCCCUCCUGGACCUCUGCUUCCGGUUGCUCGCUUUCUUCUUCGUGUUCACGGCAGCCAGCUUCAGCCUCCUCAUCGUCUCCGACUCUGACCGCGGCGCCGCGGCGCCAAGUCCUCAGAUUCUCAACGGCGCGCGCCUGCGGGGCUCCGCGCGAGCUCCUCCCGGCGGGUGUACGUACACCACAGCCCGCUCGCUGGAUCUCAACUGCGCAGGCGGGGCGUCAGGAGGCGUGCGAGGAAGCAGACGCCGCAGUGGCGGAGGCUGCGACAAAGGAGAGCGUAGGCGCGAAGGCGGGCAGCGCGGAGGAAGGGGCCUCUCACAUGCAUGCGGCGACGAAGGAAGAGAUUGUGCAGGGUGGAUUUUCCGAGGCGGAGCCUCUGGCCGCUGCGGAGGCGCGCGAAUCCGCCGCAGGCGCAGAGGCGCAGGACUCGCAGCAGAGGGACUCCGCAGCUGCGGAACCGGGGGCCGCUCUGUCGUCUUCGCCGGAGGCGGCUUCGUCCGCGCUGCCUCCAGAGUUCUGGGACUGCCCGAACGACUUGCUGGAGUUCCUCGCGCCGCCUCCGCUCGAGAAUUUCUUCAGCGUCGACGGCGGGGACUUGGAGCCGGAGCAAGUGCGCGAGGUGAUCCGCCAGGUCUUUAGGCCCGCGGGACGCGGCGCGCUGGCCGCCGACCGCGUCGAGCCGUCGCUGUGGUGUCGCGACGGCGCUGUGGGUGGCUCAGCUGCGGCGCGCGGCGAGGAACUUCCGCCGUGGCUGAAGUACCCGGAACCCAACGCGCUCUGGCCCAACCCGCUGCUUCACAAUCACCGCCUGAAGCCGUUCGCGCUGCCUAGGCCCGCGACCGCGGCUGCCGAGGGCGACGGCGAGAAGGCGGAGGACGGAGAGCGGCUGAGCGGGCGGAAGAAGACGGCCGGGGAGAGUCUAGCGGCGCAGCAGCUGCGGGCGAACAAAAGCCGCCUCGAACACCUCUGGAAGUUCGCGCGCAGCUACGGCGUCGCCUGGGAUGAGCUGGACGCGGUGUACAUACACUUCAUCGAGAUGCGGCGGGCGCGCGAGGAGAACUGGGAGAAGCACCGAAACGAGCUGCUGCAAUAUGCGUCCAUCGUCGCCGCGAGAGAGCUGAAGGAAAGGCGGAAGCAGGAGAUCAAGGAAGCCGGCGUCGACCUCGCCGACGUGGAGCCACAACACCGCGAACACAUGCUGCUGCCCAGGAGUCUGCACAGACAAGAGACGCGAAAGUUAUUUUUCCAGUGGCAUCGCAGCUACAUGGGGCCGUGGCGGCCAGGCGGUCUGCAGAAGUUGAUGAAGGCCGUCGUGACGCUGCGCAUGCUACAGCGCGAGACGAACGAGCGCUUUCUUUUCCUAAACAAGCAGACGGGCGGAAGCGAAGCCGACGGCGAAGAAGAGCGCCUCCAGCGAGAGGCGGAGCUCAUGAAGAUCCUCAAAAAACCGGCGCAGAAUCGCGGUCUCGCCCCCGAUUCUCUCGCGGAAGAAGACGCGGCGGACGACGUCUGGGACUUCCACGCUGUCGGCCGGAAGGCGCACGCAGAGGCGGCGCAAGAGGACGAUGCCGAAGAAGAGGAAGAGGGACAAGUGAAAAUGGGACAGUAA